ACAAAGGUCCUCAAUCAUGGAUUUCAUGGAGGACCAGGCCGAGGAAUCUGACGUCAACUCUGAUGACGAAGUAAGAUCAGAUGCCUCAGGGUCAGGGAGUGAUUCAGGAACGAAAUCAAAGUCGAAGAAAAAAUCGAAAAAGAAAAGCCGACAAAUCAUCUCUGACAGCGAAGAGGAUGAGGAGGAAGAAGAAGAAGAUGAGGAACAGAUAAGAAAAGAAAUGGAGGGCUUCAUCAAAGACGAGGACGAUGAAGAAGAAGAAGAGGAGGGUGAUGAGUCGGGGAGUGAGUCCGGGAAACGAAAACACGAGGACUCCGAGUCGGACGAUCAGCUAGAGGAUGAAGAUUACGACCUUAUUGAGGAAAAUUUGGGGGUUAAGGUCAAGAGAAAGCCAAAGUUGAAGAGAAUCCGCAUGGUGUCAGACGAGGAGGAUUCUGAUAAAGAGGAAAUGAACGAGGAGCGAGAGAGGGAUGCACUGGCCGACGAACUGUUUGAUGGAGAGGCUGAUGAUUCUGAGGCCCCACGGGAGAGAGUCGCUAAUGAGUUUGACAGCCUGGAUGUGGAUGAAGAAGAGGAUGAAGACGACAUGGAUAAUUUCAUUGUUGAUGAAAAUGGGGAACCAAUUAAGAACAGACUGAAGAAAAAGAAACAUAUAAUUCACUCUGACUCUGCAUUACAAGAGGCCCAGGACAUCUUUGGGGUGGACUUUGAUUUUGAUGAGUUUGGUUAUGGAGAGGAAGACGAAUUUGAAGAUGAUGAUGAUUACAUUGAAGAAGGUGAAGAAGAAGAAGGGAGACAGAGACCAAAAAAAGGAAGCAAGAAAAAGAGCCAGAAAAAAACUAUAUAUGAGGCUUUUGAACCAUCAGAAAUUGAGCGAGGGUUCUUCACUGACCAGGAUAAUGAGAUUCGGGUGACAGACAUGCCUGAGCGAUUUCAGCUGCGACAGGUCCCAGUCAAACCAACAGAGGAGGGAGAAGUGGAGGAGGAAUCAGAAUGGAUCUAUAAACAGGCAUUCUCCACACCCAGUGUGUCACAACAGAACUUACUGGAACAAGAGUCAGGAACGUACAAUCGUCGGGGACCAAGUAUGAUUAAUAAAAUCAAGAAGGCCAUCGACUUCAUGAGGAAUCAGCAUCUAGAGGUCCCUUUCAUUGCUUUCUACAGAAAAGAGUAUGUUGAGUCAGACCUUAAUAUAAAUGACCUAUGGAAAGUUUGGCAGUGGGAUGAAAAGUGGACUCAGCUGAGAACAAGGAAGCAGAACUUGAUCAAGUUGUUUGAGAAAAUGCAGAAUUAUCAGUUUGACACAAACUCAGACCCUGAUAAAGUGCUGGAGUCCAAUAUACGACCAUUAACAGACGAAGAUUUAGACAGAGUUAGAAAUGUCCAGACUAUGGAGGAGCUCAAAGACGUCUAUCAACACUUCCUUCUGUAUUACGGCAUGGACAUACCCAAAAUGAAGAUGGCUCAGACGAAGAAAAAGUCUGAGGGGGAGAGAGAAGACGGGGAGGCGGAGCCAGAACCAGACAUCGAACAGACAGAUACCAUCAAACAUGCCACCAGAAAAACUGGCUACAACAUCUGUCAGGAAAAGAAAAUAGAUGAUAUUGCUGAAAAGUUUGGAUUGACCCCUGAACAGUUUGGUGAGAAUUUACGAGAUAAUUAUCAGAGACAUGAUGUCGAGCAGUAUCCCAUAGAACCGUUAGAGCUGGCACGUGAAAAAAUCUGCGGGCAAUUUCCUACUGAAGAGGAAGUGUUGCUAGGGGCACGUCACAUGGUUGCUAUGCAGAUUUCCCAUGAUCCUACAGUCCGACAGGUCGUUAGACAGGCUUACUAUGAGAGGGCCAAGAUCACAGUGAGACCAACAAAGAAAGGAAUGAAGGAAAUAGAUGAGUCGCAUGCAUGCUACAGUAUGAAGUAUCUCAAAAACAAACCUGUACGUGAUCUCAAGGAUGAACAGUAUCUCAAGUUAACUUUGGCAGAAGAGGACCGCCUGUUGACCAUGACCUUCAGCAUUGAUGAAGAAUCUGAGAAUACACAGACAUACUUUGAAGAAAUCAGACAGCUUUAUUACAGGGAUGAGUUUAGCCAUCUUGUCCAGCAAUGGAACUUACAGAGAACCCAGGCUCUGGAGCGAGCCCUCACUAAACUUUUGUAUCCUCAGAUGGAAAAAGAACUGCGAACCAAACUUUUAGCUGAGGCCAAGGAUGGCAUUGUCAAGGCUUGCUGCAGAAAGCUUUAUAACUGGCUGAAGGUCGCUCCAUAUCAGGCUGACCAACAACUGGAAGACAAUAAUUAUGAGGAUGAGGGACUGCGUGUUCUGGGGAUUGGGUACUCCACAGAUCGGGAUACGGCCUCCUUUGGGGUACUGAUUGAUCCUGAGGGUCAGGUGACUGAUUUCCUCCGACUGGAGUACCUGUGUAUGAAGAAAAAUGCCUUCAGAGAGGUGGAUCGCAAGGGAAAGGAAAGUGACCUUGCCAAACUGAAGGAGUUUAUAUCGACCAAGAAGCCCCAUGUUGUGGCUGUGACUGCAGAAUCUAAGGAUGCUCUGCGGAUAAUUGAGGAUAUCCAGCGGAUUAUCCAGGAAUUGACGGAGGAGGCGGAGAUGCCGGCCAUCAAUGUGGAGUUAGUGGACAAUGAGGUCGCCAUGGUUUACGAAAACUCCAACAAAGGACAGAGUGACUUCCGUGAAUACCCUGUUGUUCUUCGUCAUGCGAUCUCUAUCGCUCGCCGGUUACAAGAUCCUCUGAUUGAGUUCGCUCAGCUCUGUAAUCCUGAUGAAGAUAUUCUUUGUCUCAAGUAUCAUCCCUUCCAGGAUCAGAUUCCUAAGGACGUUUUACUGAAUGCCCUGACCCUGGAGUUUGUGAAUCGUGUAAAUGAAGUGGGUGUGGACAUUAAUCGGGCCCUGGCACACUCCCACACAGCACCCCUCGUACAGUUUGUGUGUGGCCUGGGGCCCAGGAAGGGGACACAUUUACUGAAAAUCCUCAAACAAAAUAACAUUCGGCUUGAAAACAGAACUCAGCUUGUAACUUUGUGUCACAUGGGUCCUAAAGUGUUCAUAAAUUGUGCUGGAUUUAUUAAGAUUGAUACAUACAGUCUCAUGGACAGCACGGACUCCUAUGUUGAGGUACUGGAUGGUUCUCGAGUUCAUCCUGAGACCUAUGAGUGGGCUCGUAAGAUGGCAGUGGAUGCCCUGGAAUAUGACGAUACAGCAGAGGAUGCUAAUCCCGCAGGAGCCCUGGAGGAAAUUCUGGAGAGUCCCGAGAGACUGAGAGACCUCGAUUUAGAUGCCUUCGCUGAGGAACUGGAGAGACAGGGCUAUGGAGAUAAGCACAUCACAUUGUAUGACAUCAGAGCAGAACUGAAUCAUCGCUAUAAAGAUCUCCGAACCCCCUACAGAUCCCCGCUUAAUGAGGAGAGAUUUAACAUGAUUACCAAAGAAACACCAGAGACUUUCUAUGUCGGUAAACUGGUGCUUGGUAAGGUGAUCGGUAUUGCUCAUCGUCGUCCGAGAGGUGAACAAUUGGAUCAGGCCAAUCCUGUGCGGAACGACGAGACUGGACUCUGGCAGUGUCCGUUCUGUAAUCGUAGUGACUUUCCAGAGCUUAGCGAGGUGUGGAGUCAUUUUGAUGCUGGCAGCUGUCCUGGAUCAGCUGUAGGGGUGAAGGUCAUUCUGGAUAAUGGAGUCAAUGGAUUCUUACAUACGAAAAACAUCAGUGAUAAGCAUAUCAAGAGUCCCGAGGAAAGGGUCAAGCCUGGAAUGACUAUUCACUGUCGGAUCACCAAGAUCGACAUAGACCGAUUUCAGGUGGACUUGACAAGUAAAUCAUCAGAUCUGAUGGACACAGAUAACCACUGGCGACCGCCUAAGGAUCUGUAUUACGACCAAGAACAGGAAGACAAGGAUAGAGAGAAGGAGGAAGAAAAAGUCAAACACAAAGCCAGACAGACGUACGUAAAGAGGGUCAUAGCUCACCCCUCCUUCCACAAUGUGGGGUACAGAGAAUGUGAAAAACUUCUAGAAAACAUGGAUCAAGGGGAGGCAAUCAUCAGACCCAGUAGUAAGGGGUCGGAUCACCUGACCGUGACGUGGAAGGUGGCAGACGGAAUCAUGCAGCACAUCGAUGUGCGAGAGGAGGGGAAAGAAAAUGCCUUUAGUUUGGGGAGUUCCCUGUUCAUAGGAAAUGAGGAAUUUGAAGACUUGGAUGAAAUCAUCGCUCGCCAUAUUCAGCCAAUGGCAGCAUUUGCUCGGGACGUGAUGAACUUUAAGUAUUACAAGGACAUGGAUAACUCAAAACGUGACAUACUCGAAAAAUGUCUUCUGGAAGAGAAGAAGAAAGGGCCAUCAAGAAUUCCGUACUUCCUAUCUCUGACAAAGCAGUACCCUGGGAAAAUCCUUCUGUCCUACAUGCCUCGUAUAAAGGCACGGCACGAGUACAUCUCUAUCACCCCAGAUGGGCUCCGUUAUCGACAACAGAAUUUCCACUCUCUUAAUUCACUGAUGCGCUGGUUCAAAGAACAUUUCCGGGAUCCAAUACCAGGUACCCCAGCCAGUGCACGUACCCCUGUACCAGGAUCAAACUUUGCCACACCCAGCAUCAAUCUUCAAGGUGUGGAUGCAGCAACAAUCCAGAGAGCUGCUGCAGGGUUGCCAAGCAACAUCUACAACACACUGGCCCAGGUUGCAAGUGCCACACCCCGCGUAGCAAGAAUGACCCCCGGGGUCACUCCUGGAGCCACCCCACAAGUCGCUGGAAACUUUAACAACUUUAAUGUGCCAAUGGGAACCCCUAUGAUGACCCCAAUGAUGACCCCAUCUCAUCCCAUGACAACGCCUGCUAACCAGCCAGCCCAGACCCCCUCCUACCGGCCGACACCCCGGGCAGCAACCACCCCAGCAUGGCCUGGGGCAACACCCAAAGCUACUCCUAGAAUUGGUUCCACCACCCCUCAGCAUCAAGGACAGACGCCUAGAGCUGGCCCCAGCACAGCAGGCAUGGACUGGGCCAAAGCAGCCCAGAUGUGGGCCAAGCGGUCCGGCUCCACCAAACCUGGCACCCCGAGGCACGGACAGAGUCCCCGAGGGGUGAGACCAUCCCCCAGGCCGAGCCCCAGACAUGAGGGGUACACAGCAGGAGAUUCCACACCUCUGUUUGACGAGCGAUGAUCUGUUAUUGGAAAAAUGUACAUAAGUAAAAUCUGCACAUAGAAAAACUUUUUUAUUAAGAAAAUCAUCAACAGUUGAGUCCAUCUUCACUCUUUUUUUAUGUGAGAGGCCUUUACUGAUGAGUCAUUGUCAUGGUUGACGCUGAGGAGGAUAGUCAGCUCCAGUGACGCUCACUGCUCUGUCAUAAAGGAAAGCAGGAUCUCUAAAAUCAUUGACUGGUGACAGUUUUACCAUAAUUUUGUAUUUUCUUGCGAGAGAACUGUAGAAAUAUGUGUAACAGAUCUUAAUGUUCUGGAGUCAAUUGUGUGUCAAUCAUUGCCUCGGGUUUUAAUCCAUACCUGAUUGGCUGUUUAUGUGCUAAUAAGAGCAGGAGUAGAUUAAAACUUAUGGCUCGCUAUUAUUAUUUUGUACAAAAUAUCCAUUUUAUGAAAAAAAUGUGUAUUACUUCUGCAAGAGAUCAAUAAAUACCUUUGAUAAAAUGUAA